AUGAAUACAAAGUCGCUAAAUAAAAACUUUUACAAGGUCAAUAGCUUGGUGGAGAGGAAGCUCCGCAAGUUUCUAUCGGGGCCCAAAAAGGGAGAAACUUUUGAAUUGAAAAAUGGGUUGGUGUCGCAAUACAAGCAUGAACGGAAAGAUGCCAUUCAAAGAGUGAUCCAGGCCAUGACAGUGGGCAAAGACGUCUCGUCGUUGUUCCCGGAUGUCUUGAAGAAUAUAGCAACGUAUGACUUGGAACAGAAGAAGUUGGUUUACUUGUACUUGAUGAACUACGCCAAAACCCAUCCUGAGUUGUGCAUCUUGGCAGUCAAUACGUUUGUUCAGGACACCGAGGACCCCAACCCUUUGGUCAGAGCCUUGGCGAUCAGAACCAUGGGGUGCAUUCGGGUGGCCAAGAUGGUGGACUACAUGGAAAUACCAUUGGCCAGAACUUUGAAGGAUGAAAACCCCUAUGUUCGGAAAACAGCAGCUAUAUGUGUCGCCAAGUUGUUUGAUCUCAACCCGGAACUUUGCGUCGAAUUUGGCUUCUUGGACGAUUUGAAAAAGCUCAUGUCCGAUGCCAACCCCAUGGUUGUUGCAAAUUCCAUAAAUGCCUUGUACGAAAUUCGAGACUUGAACGAUGACCCGAAUUUGACAAUUUUGGAACUCAAUGGCGAAGUUAUUAGAAGCUUGUUGUUGUGUUUGAAUGAGUGCACGGAAUGGGGCCGAAUCACCAUCUUGACCACGUUGACUGAAUACGAUACCGCUGGAAAACCAGACGAGGCGAACCACAUUGUUGAAAGAGUGAUACCGCAGUUGCAGCAUGUUAAUCCUUCGGUUGUAUUGAGCUCCAUAAAGGCCAUCUUGUGCCACAUUGAAAAUAUCCCGGUAACAGCACAAAGACAAUCGGUUUUGAAGAAAUUAUCAGCACCUUUGGUCUCCUUGGUCAGCUCCUCGAUCCCCGAGGCGCAAUACGUCGGAUUGAAAAACAUUCGAAUCAUCUUGGAAAAAUACCCCAACAUCUUGUCCAAGGAAUUGAGAGUGUUUUUCAUCAAGUACUCCGAUCCGCUAUAUUUGAAGUUGGAGAAAUUGGAAAUCAUGGUGAGGCUCGCGAAUGAAAGCAAUUGCGAGUUGUUGUUGGGAGAGUUGAGGGAAUAUGCUAUGGAAUUUGAGCCUGCGUUAGUGGCAAAGGCAAUCAAGUCGAUUGGAGCAGUAGCGAUUAAACUUAGUGGCUCGGCGAUCAAGGCAGUUAACCUUUUAAACGACAUGAUUGACCAAAGAGGAGGAGAUUUGAUUGUAAACGAAUCGGUUAUCCAAUUGAUCAAUGUUUUGCGGAGAUACCCAGGAAAGGGCGACAUUGCGUCAUUGAUUAUACCGAUAAUCUCCAGCCGCGCUACGGAGUUGGACAAUAAUGAUGCCUUGGCUGGAUUCGUGUGGGUGUUGGGACAGUACCCCAAAUACUUUACUAAUUUGCAUGAGAAGCUACAAUCUUUAAUCAAUGGGUUCUUGGACUAUGACUCGCUUUUGCAAUUGAACAUCUUGACCACCAUUGUCAAGAUUAAUCUUGAGAUGCCGGGUAAACAAUAUGCUCCCUUGCUUCAGAAAAUCUUGGAACUUGCCACAAAGGAGUGUGAGAAUGCCGAUGUUAGAGACAAGGCCUACAUCUACUGGAGAUUGCUUUCGUCAUCCACCUCGGAGUCAUUGCAGAAGAAGAUUAUUUUGACAAAACUCCCGCCGAUCGAAUCCACCAUCUCCAGUUUCAAUCCGCAACUCUUGGAGACCUUGAUGCGGGAAUUGUCAACAUUGUCAUCCGUCUACUACAAACCAGCCAAAAACUUUAUCGAUCCAAAAGCAUAUAAACGGGUCCCUAUUGGUAAAAAGAAAGGUGAGAUGGAUGAGCUCACUACGGCUGCAAAGCAAGAAAUCAUCGACAGCAGCUCGAGAAACGAAGACUUGUUGAACUUUGACGAUGAUGAAGAUGAGGAAGAGAAUGGAUUCAGUUUGGACAGUGGGUCAGGCUCAAAGAGCGACGGCGGAGUCAAUGACUUGUUGAGUGAUUUGAAUGACUUGUUUAGUACACCUGUUGGAAACUCGAGUAAACCCGCCUCGACCAAUAUCGACAUUUUGGAACUUUUCAACAGCGCACCGAAACAGCCGUCCAACAAUACCAACAACAGCAGCAACACCACCACCGCCACCGCCAACAACAACACUAACCCCAAUGGUAACAACGGCAACAACCAAAAGAGCACAAGCAAUGAUCUAUUAGAUUUGUUUUAA